AUGAAAUUUGAAGACUUCAAAGUGCAUUUUGAUAAAGUCCAGAUCUGCAACCUGGCUCCAGAUGCCCUGGAAGAUUGCACUGCCUGCAAGUGGGAGGUGACCAUCCACCAGGGGAGCUGGAUCCGGGGAUCCACUGCAGGAGGAUGUAAAAAAUUUUGAGAGACUUUCUGGACAAAUCCACAAAUCAAGCUGCAUUUGAUAGAGAAAGAUGAUGGACAAGAUGACUGCACAUUCAUAGUAGCUCUGAUGCAAAAGGAUCGCCGUAAAUUCAAGAACCUUGGCGCUGAAAUGCUAACCAUUGGCUACUCUUUUUAUGAGAGCCCCAGCAGAGAUGGACACUUGGGCAAAGACUUCUUCAAGCACCACUACUCCAAGGCCAAGAGCAAAGCCUACAUUAAAUCAGGGGAAGUAUCUAACCAAUUCAAGCUGCUGCCGGCCGAUUACAUUUUUGUUCCAGACACCUCUGAGCCUCACCAGGAGUCAGAUUUCUGCCUGAGAAUUUUCUCUGAGAAGGCGGCCAUCAAUGAGGUUCUAGAUGAAAACGUUGCCAUUGAUCUCCCUGAGCCUCUAUACCCAACCCCAAGCCCACAAGAAACUGAAGAAGAAAAGCAGUUGCAGGCACUGUUUGAGCAGAUUUCAGGAAAGGACAUGUAGAUAGCUGCAGAACUCAAAUAUGUUCUGAAUGCUGUAUUAGAAAAAACAAAGAACAUCAAAUUCAAGAACUUAAGUCUCACGUCAUGCCAAAAUAUAAUUUCUCUUAUGGAUACCAGUGGCAACGGAAAACUGGAAUUUAGUGAGUUCAAAGUUUUCUGGGAAAAAAUGAAGAAAUGGCUAAAUAUCUUUCUUCAAUUUGACUUUGAUAAAUCUGGCUCCAUGUCCUCCUAUGAGCUUUGCACUGCUCUUAAAGCUGCAGGAUACCAAUUCAACAACUGCCUGCUGCAACUGCUUGUCCUCCGAAACUCUGACAAACAGCUCCAGAUUGAAUUUGAUGAUUUUCUGAACUGCUUAAUUUGCUUAGAGAAUGCAAGAGUAUUCCAAGCACCGAGUGUGAAAAACAAGGAGUUCAUUAACCUGAAUAUAGGCGAGUUUAUCAACAUGGCAAUGAACAUCUGA